CAGAUCAAAGAAGAGGUAAAAAUACAACCAGAACGAUAUUCGCUAAUCUAUGUUCCAAAUCCACUGAUAGUACCUGGAGGCAGAUUCCGAGAGUUUUAUUACUGGGAUUCGUAUUGGGUGAUUAAUGGACUCAUUCUCUCUGAAAUGACCCAAACAGCCAGAGGGAUGAUAGAAAAUUUCCUUUACAUGGUACAACGAUAUGGAAUGAUCCCUAAUGGAGGGAGAACAUAUUACAUUCGCAGAAGCCAACCACCAUUCCUUACUUUAAUGAUGGAAAGCUACAUGGAAAGCCAAAAGAACCUUACCUUUCUCAGGGAAACCAUCCCACUGUUGGUAAAAGAGUAUGACUUCUGGAUGAAUAAUCGGAGUAUAUCAGUGCCACUCAAUGGAAACAAUUACACACUAAAUCGCUACUAUGUGCCAGUAGGGGAACCAAGGCCCGAGUCUUAUUCUAAAGAUUUUGAGCUUGCGGAAAACCUUACGACAAAAGCAAAGGAGUUGUUGUACUCGGACCUUGCAGCUGCUGCGGAGUCUGGUUGGGACUUUUCUACCCGUUGGUUCUAUGGUUCCACAAAUACAUUGCUAGAUACAAAAACCAGCUCUGUUGUUCCUGUGGACUUGAAUGCCAUCUUGUGUCGUGUGGAGAGAACAUUGGUCAAAUUCUACACUGAUCUAGAUAUGCCAGAAAUGGCUUCAAGGUUUUCAGAGGCCCUAAAACAGCGUCUCGAAGCAGUGCAGGCUGUGCUCUGGGAUCCAGAUCUAGGAGUCUGGUUGGACUACAAUACAGAACAUCAGGAAAGGAAUCCAAACUUUUAUCCCAGCAACUUGUCUCCACUCUGGGCUUCAUGUUAUGAAAACACAGAAAUUGUGGACAAAGUGGUUUCCUAUUUGGAGAACAGUGAAGCAUUGAAUUACAGAAAUGGCCUUCCAACUUCUUUCAAGAACUCUGGACAGCAGUGGGAUUUCCCUAAUAGCUGGCCACCUUUACAGCACAUGGUAAUUGAAGGCCUGGCAAAGACGCAGUCUGCCAAAGCACAGGAAAUCGCCUUCAAACUAGCCCAAAAGUGGGUCACAGCCAAUUAUAAAGCCUUCAAGGAGUACAAUGCAAUGUUUGAAAAGUAUGAUGCUGAAGGUGAUGGUAAACCAGGUGGAGGAGGGGAAUAUGAAGUACAGGUAAGACCCUCAUAUCUGAAACUACAAACACUUUAA